GUAGUGGGAGCAAUAUUAGGAACAAAAUAACAGAAGGUUGUUGAGUGGAGAUAAUGGAGGAAGUGGCAUUAGACCCGGUCUUCCUUAACAUUAGGCACUUUAAAUUGCUCAAUCAGUACAAGAUAGCACAAAGGUUUUGGCAUCAGUAUGCACUAGAAAAUUGCAAUAACUCUUUGAUUAUUUUACCAUAUCUAUGUCCUGACUAUUUAUCUGACACUUAUAUUCCACGUUACCUUCUUGCACUACAAUGCUCCAUGUGGUGCCUGGUUUUGGCAAAUAUUUGAAAAUUUUGUGUUGGCACAUCUUGCUGGUGUUGUGGCGACUCACUUGUGCAGCAGUUUAUUUAUUUUCUUUCCACUAUUUGGGUUACUGUGUAUCUCGAUCUUGAUGUCCGAAAAAGAUGAGUUUACAGGAGAAUUUGUUAGUUUCACUAACCUGUAUCAGUUCUGCAGCAUUUCAUUCUCAGGAGUCCUAAGGCUCGAGCACAAUUAGGUCUACCACAGAAAGAGUCUCCAGCUGCUGCUGCAAAUUCCACACUCGUGGCUGCACCAGAAACCCCAUCCUUGGAACCACCAAUGUGGCAAAAAGUCAUUCCUGCAAAUUUAUCCCCUGUGGAACUCCUUGCAAUUUCUGUCAAACUCAUAUCUGGUGGGCAUACUGGAAGGGCAAUUCCUUUGUUAAGAGAGGCACUUGUAAAGGAUCCUGACUGCAUAAGAGCUUUGGCUGUUUUGGGGCAGACUCUUCUGCAGAAAGGAGAGUAUGCAGAGGCUGCUCAACAUUUAGAGCGUGUUAUCUCCAAGAUUCUUGCUACUGGGAUUCCAACAGAAGGCGAAGAGGUUGAUAUCUUUAUUCUUGCUUCUCAGUGGGCUGGAAUUGCCAACAUAGAGCAGGGGAAGCAUGCAGAAGGACUAGUUCAUCUGGAAAGAGUUGCAAAUAUGAAAGAGCCCGUGGAACCGAAGAGCAAAGUCCAUUAUUUUGAUGGCCUGAUCAUACUUGCCAGUGCAUUAUACGACAAAGGCAGCAAAGCUGAAGCUCUAACCUAUGCUCGUUUAGCCGCGGCUUAUAAUCCUGCAAAAUACAACAAGUUCCUGGAGAUGUGUGAAAACAAAGAAGAUAAUUUUGUCAUUGACCUAGUCAGCAGUCGGAGGCGAGAUUAUUGAAACUUAGCAUAACCUGAACCACACUUGAAACUUAGCAUAACCUGAACCACACUUCAAACACCACAGCAUAGGCAGAGCAAUUAGGUUAGAUUGAAGAACUCUCAAAUAGUUACAAAUAAAAGAGGGAAAAUUGUGGCAGGGAGGCAUAAUUGUGUCUGAUAAAUUUUGCUGCUUGCAUAAUUGAUUUUGGUUGGAACAGCCAAGUUUUUUUUAGGUCUGGACAGGGUUUGGAGUUUGGACUCCUAGCUAGUAGCUAGGCGCCUUUGGAGGACAUCCAUCGUUAGCAGUAAACACCUGUCUUUCUUUCUUUCUUUCUUUCUUUCACCCAGGCAUAUUGCCCAUCCUACCAGAGAGGCAAACAAGGCAAUGGCAUGCAAUCUCGAAGAAAGCCUUUGAACUUACGGAACCCCGAAACCUACAAUAAGUCCCUCCAUUUUUUAGUUAUUCAGAAGCAACUGAAUACAUUUAUGUGUCUUGUUAUUAGCAACUUAAAAGAUUCAUUCAUUAUUAUUCCCCUAUUCAAUGGAAUGAGUUAAAGUAAGUAGUAAUUGUUUUAUGGCAAGGAAAACUCUUGUGUUUGGUUUCAAUCAAUGCAUUUUUUACUU